CUCAGGAGCCGGUACUCCUCCUGGUGCAGUCGCAGCUCACCACCGGACCGGUAUGCACUAUCUGCGGAGGGGGAAGUGACACGCACCGACCGAGAGCUAUGCAGGCGGAGGACAUGGAGGUACCUAUUAUUAAUAACCUUAACGAUAACGGCGACAGGCAGAGGCCGACAGGGAAAGAUGUGUUCAAGGAUCCGCAGAAGGAGUCGGAGAGCUCCAUGGAGUCUCCAACCCUGGAGUUUGAGUACGGAGACACAGAUACGCUGACGGCUGAGCUUUCAGAGCUCUACAGUUACACAGAGGAGCCAGAGUUUGCCCUGAACAGAGACUAUUUUGAGGAGGACUUCAGGAGCCAUGCUCGAGGCAGGAGAUGGAUCGAGCUGGCGGUGGAGGAGCAGAAGACCUAUGUGAUGAGGCUGCUGGACGCGCUGGAGGUGACGGACAGAGACAAGAGGCUGAAGGUGGCCAGGGCCAUCCUCUACUUGGCUCAGGGAGUGUUUGAUGAGUGUGACACAGAGGUGGAUGUGCUACACUGGUCCAGACACAAUGUCUUUCUGCUCUACGACAUGGGCAUCUUCACGGCACUGCUGGAACUGCUUAGCAUGGAGAUAGAUAACAACCAGGCAUGCAGUAGUGCAGUGAGGAAGCCUGCCAUCUCUCUGGCAGACAGCACAGAGCUCAGAGUCCUACUGAGCAUCAUGUACUUAAUAGUGGAGACCAUUAGAGUUCAAACGGAGGAUGACAGACCAGAGUGGAGAGCCGCAAGAGAAGCCUUCAAGAAUGAGCUAGGUUCACCUCUGUACAACGGAGAGCCCUUUGCCCUGCUCCUCUUCACCAUGGUGACCAAGUUCUGCAGCAUGAAUGCCCCGCACUUCCCCAUGAAGAAAGUACUACUGCUGCUCUGGAAGACAAUACUGUUCACCUUGGGGGGUUUCGAGGAGCUCCAGCAGAUGAAGGUGCGGGGCCGGGAGCGUCUGAGCCUGCCCCCGCUGCCGGAGGACAGCAUCAAAGUGGUCCGGGCCAUGAGAGCGGCCUCGCCCCCGGCCUCUGCCAUGGAGCUCAUCGAACAACAGCAGCAGCAGAAGAGAGGCAGACGCAGCCGCAGGCCACUGGUCAAGCAGGACAGCUUGGACACAUACAACGAGCGGGACCCUUUCAAGAAUGACGACGCCCGGGACGAGGAGGAGGACCCCGAGGACACAGACAGCGGCAUCGAGGGCGAGGUGGACCCCAUGGACCGCGAUGUCAUCAUCCAGCCCCCACCUCCGCCGCCUCCCCUCAGACCUCCCACAGAAAGGGUCAAUUUCCCCAAGGGCCUUCCCUGGGCCCCUAAAGUCAGGGAGAAAGACAUCGAGCACUUCCUUGAGACCAGUAGAAACAAGUUCAUCGGGUUUACUCUGGGAAAUGACACAGAUACCCUGGUGGGCUUGCCCAGACCCAUCCAUGAGAGCGUUAAGACUCUUAAACAGCACAAAUAUGUCUCCAUUGCUGAAAUCCAGAUCAAAAAGGAGGACGAGCUACAACAGUGUCCAAUGACUCUGGGUGAAGAGGACGUGGAGGAGACACCAACAGAGAUGCUUUACCUGGGCAUGCUUCCUAACCUCUCCCAGUACGUGAUUGCCCUCCUGAAGCUGCUGCUGGCUGCAGCUCCAACCUCCAAAGCCAAAACUGACUCCAUUAACAUCUUGGCUGAUGUGCUUCCUGAGGAGAUGCCUAUCACAGUCCUUCAGAGCAUGAAGCUGGGAAUUGAUGUGAACCGUCACAAGGAAAUCAUCGUCAAGGCCAUCUCUGCUCUGCUGCUGCUGCUCCUCAAACACUUCAAGCUCAACCAUAUUUAUCAGUUUGAGAUUGUCUCCCAGCACCUGGUGUUUGCCAACUGUAUCCCACUCAUCCUCAAGUUCUUCAAUCAGAACAUCAUGUCCUAUAUCAGUGCCAAAAACAGCAUAUGUGUGCUGGACUUUCCCCACUGUGUGGUCCAUGAGAUGCCUGAGCUCACAGCUGAGAGCCUGGAAGCAGGAGACAGCAACCAGUUCUGUUGGAGAAACUUGUUUUCUUGUAUCAAUCUACUGAGAAUAUUAAACAAGCUGACCAAGUGGAAACACUCCAGGACAAUGAUGCUGGUGGUGUUCAAGUCUGCCCCCAUCCUAAAGAGAGCUCUGAAGGUGAAGCAGGCCAUGAUGCAGCUCUACGUCCUCAAGCUGCUUAAGAUCCAGACCAAGUACCUUGGCCGCCAGUGGAGAAAGAGCAACAUGAAGACCAUGUCAGCCAUCUACCAGAAGGUCCGCCACAGGCUCAAUGAUGACUGGGCCUAUGGAAAUGAUAUCGACGCACGCCCCUGGGACUUCCAGGCGGAGGAGUGCGCCCUGCGGGAGAGCAUCGAGAAGUUCAACAGCCGCCGCUACGACAAGAGCAAGAACGGAGACUUUGUGCCCGUGGACAACUGCCUGCAGAGCGUGCUGGGCCAGCGGGUGGAGCUGCCCGAGGACUUCCACUACAGCUACGAGAUGUGGCUGGAGAGAGAGGUCUUCUCACAGCCGAUCCAGUGGGAGGGGCUGCUGCAGAACCCCUGAUGGAGGGACAGGGGUUGGAGAGUGUGGUGUAGCAUGGGGGUGGUGGUGGUGGAGGAGACGUCACACAUUAGCCUGUUUUGGUUUCAGGGUGAGUCCGCUGAGAUGAGGGAGGGAGGAAUGGGGUUAGACUUCUCAUCAGUGAUGGAGGGAUGGGGGAGGGUGGAGAGAAAGAAGCUAGAGAUGGAGAAGCCACCUCCCAGGCUUUCCCGUGAUAGGAGAAGAUGGAAGAUGAAGGGCAAUAUGGAGCAAAUUAGACAGACAAAUGGAGCUGCCUACUCCUUAGCACAAAUAGAUGCCACACACACACACACACACACACACACACACACACACACACACACACACACACACA